AUGGAAGGCGCAGGGGCUACAGACAUCAUCGUGGGUUCAGGAUCAUGGAGACACCAGCAUCCCCUGCAGACCAGCCUCCCUCCAGACCUCCCUGUCCCUCCGGAGGCCGGACCCAACUCGGCAGAUGAAGAGGGGCUCCACUAUGCGGUACUCAACUUUAAAAAGCUGAAGCAGCUCGAGCGGGAGGACUCUGACACCGAAUACUCAGAGAUAAAGAUACACACACAGAAGCCCAGGGACGCCUCACCUGGAGAUGCUGCUGUUCCUGCUCUGGGAGCCCGGACCCAGCAUUCGGAAUUCCAGCUGCAAAUUCAGAGUCCAGUGACUGUGGAGGAGGGUCUGUGCAUCCAAGUGCCCUGCACUGUCUUCUACCCCCACCACAGCUGGAACAGAUCUACCCCUGCUUACGGCUACUGGUUCUGGGGCAAUGCCCAUGCAAGCCAGGGAGAUCCAGUGGCCACCAAUAACCCUCAGCGAAGAGUGCAGGCCAGGACCCAGGGCCGAUUCCAUCUCCUCGGAGAUCCCCAUAUCUAUGACUGCUCCCUGGAAAUUGGAGAGGCACAGAAAGGGGACGCAGGGACAUACUUCUUUAGGAUAGAGAGAGGACCUGUGGUGAGAUUUAAUUUCCUAGAUAACCAGCUCUCUGUGCGUGUGACAGCCCUGACACAGACACCAAACAUCCACGUUGAGGGGACCCUAAAAUCUGGUCACCCCAGGAACAUAACCUGUACGAUACCAUGGACUUGUAAGAUGGUCACUCCCCCAACCUUCUCCUGGACUGGAGUGGCCCUCACAUCCUUGGAUCCCAAGACUCUCCACUCCCCGGUACUCACCCUCACGCCGGAGUCCCACCACCAUGGCACCAAGCUCACCUGCCAGGUGACCCUGUCUGGAGGAGGCGUGGCCAUGGAGAGCACCAUCCAGCUCAACGUGUCCUAUGUGCCCAAGAACUUGACCAUCCGAGCCUUCCAGGGCAACAGCACAGUCCCAGAGAUCUUGGCCAAUGCCACUUCACUGCACGUCUUAGAGGGCCAGUCACUGCGCCUGGUCUGUAAUGCAGACAGCAACCUUCCUGCCAAGCUGAGCUGGUCCCGGGGGAGCUUAACACUAAGCCCCUCCCAGUCCUUGAAUUCGGCCAUUCUGGAGCUUCCCUAUGUUGUUUCUGGGGAUGGAGGAGAAUUUACCUGCCGAGCUCAGCACCUGUCGGACUCCAGCCACAUUUCCCUGAACCUAGUUGUGAAGGGUGAGUAUGGGCAGGGCACCUGCAUUCUCAGGUGA